UCGCUUGGCUGCGUGGUUCUCUUCGCCUCUGUGUCCCCUGUUUAGAGUUCUCCGGGCCCCUGACGGACCGGGUAGGCUCUGGGUGGGGGCCAGCACCUCAUCUAUUCCCAGAAGCUGGCAUCAGACCUCCAUCAGUGAGGAAGACUGCUGAGGGCUUGGGGAAAAAUUGUCGUAGAAAGCGUUUUAACUCGCUGUCGUUGCUGUCCGCCGAAAUCUGGCCGUGCCACGCUUAGGUGGCUUCAUCAUGGAUGCGAUUGUUUGUGAGUAUAUCCGAAGAACUGUACUAAAAAUCCCACGAGAUGAAAUCAGGACAGUGCUACAGCAAUGGGGCUUUCUCUCUGAGACUCAGCUGCAAACAAUAAACUUUAAUCAGACAAAGGAAAACGUUUCUCAAUAUGUUGCUCAUGUCUGUGAGGAAAAUUCUGUAGAUAUAAAGCAAGCAGCUGUCUUAGACUUAAUUUACAACCACAUCCACUCAAACAAAAGAAUGUGGAGUGUUUACCAGAUGAGCAAAACAGGGGAAGAAACAGAAUUUUUUGACUUAACAGAUUUCAAAACAAAAUUUAAAAGACAACUUCGGUCAGCCUUGAAAAAUGUCACCAUCAACCUUAGAGAAUAUGAGGAUAAUGCAAUCUGGAUUAGAAUUGCCUGGGGAACACAACAUACAAAACCAAACCAGUACAAAGCCAGUUAUGUUGUAUACUAUUCACAGACUCCCUACGUCUUCAUUUCUCUCUCAAUUCUUAAGAGCAACUUGCCUCUGCUAUGUCAGGCUCUGGUUGUUGCUUCCAAUUACCACGACAUCCGCGAACUGGAGCUUCGAGGUCAUUGUUUAAACUCCCUUAAAGAUAUUGUGUUUAAGACAUAUAGCCAGAAUUUCCAAACUUGCUAUCCAAGACAUAUACAAGAAAAGAAUGUAGCACCAAAAAGUGAUUUAAGGAUAAUUCAAGAAAACAGGAAUGAGAAAGAAAGAAUGCAGAGAGCAAAUUGGGAAGUUUUUAGUGAUGGUCCCCAACCAAAACUCGAAUUUGCACAAUAUAAGCUUGAUACAAUGUUUAAAGGUGAUCCUAAAAUGAAUGUUUUGGAUAGAAGAGAACCAUUCAGAUGUCUGGUCAAGUUUUCUAGUCCACAUCUUUUAGAAGCACUGAAAUCCUUGGCACCAGCAGGUAUGGCUGAUGCACCACUUUCACCACUACUUACAUGUAUACCACAUAAAGCUAUGAAUUAUUUUAAAAUUAAAGAUAGAGAAGGUAUCUCUGCAGGAAGCUUUGUAAGCCCUUAAUUUAAAACUGAUUCGCUGAAAAUAUACAACUCAUUUAUUAGUGGUAUCAGUCUAAAUCCUAAUAAAUCUCAAAACGGAUUUUUUAAAAGUAACUUAUUCUUUGGUAAUACCUUAAAGUUUUUUUCCAAAUUAAGGCUGCUUUGAAUUAUUUUUCCACAUUUGUCUUUAACAGAAGAUUUUGCCCUUUCCUUAACUAAUAAAAAAAUGACUUGUGAAGUUUAAACAGACGUAGUGGUUAUUUAAAACUUAAAUGUGAUGACUGCUAUUAACUAUCUUUAAUAGCAUUGGUGAAGUUUAGAGCUAGUUAAAGCUCUUUAAAGAUACGAGACAGCUGUAGCUGCUUGGUUUACUAUCAUAGCUGUAGAUGGCCAAGAUAUUCUUGGUGCCUCCUUCUUUCAGCUCCAGUUCAGCAGUGUAACAGAAUAUGUGCCCCAGUUUGAACAUCUGAAUAGUCCUAUUCAAGUCAGUGGGACUACUUGUCUGCAGGUCAGGCGUGGUUUUGUCUUGGUAGAUGAAGAUUAUAUUCAAAGACCAUUACAGGGCAUGGGGAAGAAGGGACUCUUGAAAUAUAGAUGUCAGUUAAGAGUUUCCAUCCAGCUUUAAUGGAUAUUAAUACAGGUCCAGUGGUUUUACUUGUCAAGAGCAGCAGCCAAUAAUAAAUACUUAAAAAAAAAAAAAAAUCUGUCUAUUGGUAUUAAUGUCUUACAAAAUUUUAUCUUAGUGGAAUACAGUGAAACAGGCAAUACUUUUUUUUUUUUAUAGGAAGUCCAUGGUUUAGAAUAUUUAAAUUAAGAUUUGAUCCUUCUUCAAUCCUUGCACACUACUGCUUUUUUGUGCUAGGGGAUAUAAAGAUUGCAGAAUUGGGAUAGCAACAUUCACUAGUGCAAAUAUCUUUGCACUGGAGUUCUUUAGAGCUGGUAAAUUGUUAAUUAUACAGGUAUUUUUCUGUAACUUGCUGCAUCAGUUUUAAUUUGAGAUGGAUUUGAUCUGAAGAUUCAGUUAUCGUGUACAAGUGUUCCUUUUUGAAUAGUUACCUGCAACCUUUGUGCAUGUACGUUGUGUAUAUGGAAUUUCCAAUUUGCUUUGGGUAUGUCAGUAUGCAGAGGCAGUCUUCAUAACUUCAUGGCUCAGGGUAAAUAUUUUGAGAAGUUGGAUGGGAAUGAUUUUGGUUUUUAAACUGUAAAUAAAUGUGUAAAUUAAGUCUUCUCCAUAGAAAUUGGUUUGGCCUGACUUGGAAACAUGACUUAAGAUAC